AUGACUGACCCCAGGCAGCUGGUGGUGUUGUGCAUGAUGUCGGAGACCCGUCAACGAAUGCUGGAUGCUGUCAAAGAUCUGCGACGGCGCCUUGGUGAGGAGAGGAAACGCGCCGAACACGCUCGCAUGGUCCGUAUCCGACACUACGUGACCGCUUCCUGUCUACCAGCUCCACGGCUAGCCCCCUGGAUGUAUAUCUGGUGGUUCGGCAGCGAUAAGAAUUUCAUAAAGAUCACCAGCCUCUGCCGGCGUUCGUUCAUGCGCCUGCUAGAGCGAUUCAGCAUGCUCUACGAUAUCCCGGGAUACAACCCCAAAGGAGGGAGGCCAAGAAAGCUUCAGAAUCACCACCAGGUGCUGGGUGUCUUAGUG